UCCGGGGAGGAGAGGAAAUGGUUGCAUGAGUGACAGAGAUGAAGCGGGAUGGAUUCAGCCCGGGGCCACUGGCGAGGGCGGGGCCCCCGGUGUGCAGAUAAGGCCGUGGCACGGCCCUGCCUCAGCGCAUUAGGCAAUCCUCGGCUGAGCAGCGUGUAGGUGAGAAGCGCGCUUCCCCCCCCAACCCCCCCCCAACAGCCCGGGAGGCUGUCUGCCCUCCUGGGCUCCGCCCUCCAGAACUCUGCAUGGGCCGCGACGGCCAAGCCUGGGAAGAUGCACAGGUCGAGGGCCGUGGGCAAAAUCAAAAAGCGCCUUCAAGAGGUCAAGAACCAAUGGAGCCGCCUAGCCAAGGCCGACUUCAGUCACAACGAAAGCGCCCGGCUGGCCGUGGACGCUCUCCUGGACGGCGGUCCCGAGGCCUACCAUGCGGCCCUGGGCAAGGAGGGGGAGGUGGACUUCCUGUCCUCGGUGGAGGCUCGGUACAUCCAGGACAACACCAAAGAGCCCUACUACGCUCAGGAGCCCCUCGGGGACGCAGAGCCCGGCCCCAGGGCCAGUGACGCCAGUUCGGGCCAGUCUGGGACCUACUUCCCCGUGCAGUCCGAGGGCAGCGAGCCUGCCGUGCUGCACACUUGGAGCGAGGCCCACAAGCCCUACUUGAAGGACAAGGCCAGCGCCACCGUGUACUUUCAGACGGACAAGCACAACAACAUCAGGGACCUCAUCCGCCGCUGCAUCAGCAGGACCAGCCAGGUCCUGCUCAUCCUAAUGGACGUAUUCACGGAUACAGAGAUCUUCUGUGAUGUGUUGGAGGCAGCCAACAAGCGGGGUGUAUUUGUCUGUGUGCUCCUCAACCAGUGUGGUGUGAAGCUCUUUCGAGAGAUGUGUGAGAAAGCUGAAAUCCUGGACAGUCACCUGAAGAACAUUUCAAUCCGGAGCGUGGAAGGGGAAACAUACUGUGCCAAGUCUGGCAAGAAGUUCUCAGGCCAGAUCCAGGAAAAGUUCAUCAUCUCUGAUUGGAGAUAUGUCCUGUCUGGAUCUUACAGUUUCUCAUGGCUAUGUGGCCAAGUCCACAGGAACUUCCUGUCCAAGUUCACGGGCCAGCCGGUGGAGCUGUUUGAGGAGGAGUUCCGCCAUCUGUACGCCUCCUCCAAACCUGUGAUGGGCCAGCGAUCUCCUGGGCUGGUCAGGCCCCUCCGGCCGAGGGGAGGGUCCACAUUCCCUCAGGACAGCUUCACUGACAGCAGCUGUCCAUCCAGUGACCACACACCCUCCGACCCCUUCAGCGACCCCUCUGCUAGCGGCGAUGCCCACCACCGGUCUCACACUGUGUCUUCAGGGACCAGUAGCCCCUCGGCUCCGAACCCCCCACUUCCCAGGGCCCACUGCUUCCAGAGUUACGUCCCCUGGGCACCCCAGCCUCCUAAGGUCAGCUACCAGACAAGGCAUUAUGUCCCUGAUGGCCCUGCAGGCCUCUAUAGCAAUCUCAAUGUCUACAGGCCUGGGAGGCUGCGGCUAGAGGACUUGGGCCUCGGGCCCAGGCAGGCCCUUGGCUGGAGGCCCUUUUCCCAGCUUCACCUGGUGUCGGAUUAAUCCCUCAACGAUACCGGGUAGGAGCCGAGUCCUCCCAUACCCCCAGCUAGGAUGUCCCGGUUGCAGUCCUACGUUCCCAGGCCUCGGGUCCUCCUUGGAAGGCCCAGGGGAUUUGAUAACGCCUUCAAUUGGAGGUAUUAACUCAGGAAAAAAUUCCUGCGGAGAUUUAAGGACUCUCAGACAAAGCAGCCUCCCUUUCCCUUCCUUGGGGAGGCCUCUGGGCCUUAGUGUUCCUAGGUAACCUCGACUUGGGCUCACUAACUAAGCAUGUUCUGGGUCUCAAUUCGAUUCAACCUGUAUUGAACAUCUCCAGGCCUAAACUGACCACUGGGGAUGCAAAGACAAAAAAGAGUGGAAAAUUAAUCUCCACUCUCCCAGGAAGAUUUUGUGUUUUAUGGAUGGAGGUAAUACGCCACUUGAUAAUGGUAGAAUUGUUCUCCUGCCUCCACAUCCGUAAGCUGUCUUCCCCUGCAAUUCUCAGAUAAUUUCAGACAUUAACCCUGACAACGGAGUGUGCGGUCUAGACAAAGGUCUACCUAGAGGUCAGGAGGGCGCAGUGCUGAUUUGGGUUGGAAGAUAUAUUGGCUUGGGCUGGAGGGGAGUUCCUGGGGAGCUUGGGGGCUCAGGGGUCCUAAUAGGCUGCCAGAAUUCCUGGAGAGCCUGUGCUAUCAUGAGGCCCAUGGGCAUCUGGGGGAACAUCUCUACACAUGAACUGCUGGGAGUGCAUAAGAGUGAGUAUCCAUCCACGUCCACCAGCUACGACUGAUGAACAGACUGCGUGGAAAGGACACUUGUGCCCCCCCCGGGACCCCUCCCAGGACAGGGCCACUUCACUAGCCAGCCCUCCCCUCAGCCCCCCAAACCCCAACCUCCCAACUUGUUCUGCUGUGGCUGGUUUGCUCUUGACCAGUGAUCAUUAGAUCCUUCCACUCAAAGCCAGAAAUCACUUUUAUGCUGAGGCCAAAGAACUCUCCUUGGUGCCUUCCAUUUGUGACACCAGCAAGAUGCUUUGAAGUUGGAAUGAAUCAACUGUCCUUGGGGCCUGGUUCCCUUCAGUCACAAAUUCCUGUCCACCUUUACAGAAUGUUCCUGACUCCAUUUCGGGGAGACUGACCAACAGCCCAACUCUCUUUUGUUCUGUGCUUUCUUCUUCUCUCUCCUAAUACUAACAGUCAUUAAACUGCUGGUACAUCACCCAGAUACCAAUCUUUUCCCCAUCGGAGCUGUAAUAUCUCUCGUCACAGCUGAUGGGAAUAAAAAAGUCAGAUGUUGUAUUCCACUAAGAUGACAACACAGGCAGGAAAUCAGUGAAUCCUUCACUGGGCAAGAGGAUUCGAAAGAGAUCCUUGGAAGUUCUAAAGACCCUAAAUUUAGGGGCAGCCAGGUAGCACAGUAGAUAGAGUUGCCAAGCCUGGAGUUGGGAGGACCUGGGUCCAAAUCUGACCUCAGACAUUUCUAAGAUAUGUGAACCCUGGACAAGCCACUUUAACCUCAUUUGUCUAGCCCUUGCCCUUUGUCUUAGAGUUGUUACUAAGACAGAAAGUAAGGAUUUUUUUUUUAAGUCAUUAAAUUUGAUCCAUCAAACUUGAUACUGGGCAUUUUACCCUAAGGUGGUCAAAGACCAAAAGAAAAGUCUGAUAUACAUGAAAAUAUUCUUAGCAACACUUUUUUUUUUUGGUAAUAGCAAAGAACUAGAAACUAGGGGGUGGAGGGAAUGCACAUCACCUGGGAUAAUCAUUAUAUAAACUGUGGUAUUUGAAGAGAAUAGAAUAUUAUCAUGAUGAAAAAAUGGACAAAUAGAAGGAUCUCUGAGAAACAAUUGGAAAGACUUAUAUGAACUGAUGUACAGUAAAGUAAGCAGAGCCAGAAAAACAAUACACACAAAGACUAUAAUGCAAAUGAAAACACACCAAAAGAUAAUGAAACCCAAGGUUAAUUAAAAUUAGUCAUUGAGGUCUUAGAGAAUGGGCUCCCCUCCCUAUGCCUUUGGAAGUGGUCAUUCUGUCAAGCAAGGUCUGGCUAAUAAUUGUUUUUCUUCAUUUAAAGGGAGGAUUCAGUGGUAGGGGUUGGAGGUAUAGCAGGAAAUUCCUGGGGUAUAAAAACCAAAAAGCAUCAAUAUGACUUUGAAAAAAAUAGAUGUUCAGUACAAUCAACUUCACUGAGUUCUAGUCCCUCUGCCUGCCCUGUACUGUCUUUACACCCCAAUCCCUGUCCCAGGCUGUUUUUCCUACACAAACCUAUUAAUUCCUCUGUUAUUGACCCUGGCUUUGUCUCCAGGCACCCACAAAUUCUAGGAAUUGCAUCAUUAUUGAUGAACCCUUAGCAGGGAUGAAUUCUCAAGGGCCACACAAACAAACCUGUUUCCCUAACCCUGUGGCAUGGUAGAAAGUGUUCUCUUACCUUGUGCCCCCCAUGCAGAGUUUCCUUGUUCUCAAUGUGCUUCUUCAGAGUGGCUGAGAUGAAUCCCAAGCAGAGGCUCUAUUUUUUUUCCCUACUUGAUCCUGGGAGCUGUUUGACAUAGAGAAGCUGUCAUUCACUUUCACAGCUUCCUUUUGAAGAGCAUGUGUCAGAAAAAACUGCAAGGAGAAACUGUAAAUAUUUCAGACAAAUCUAAGCAUCAACACAAACUUUGGUGUCUCUCUCUAUAAGACAUGCUUUUAAGGGGACUUACUAAUAAUGCUUUAUCUCAAGUGAGGAUUUGUACAGCAAUGGUAACCCAUGGCAGAGGUCCUGAAGUGGGGAGAAAAUAUUCUUGUAGGUCCUUUAAAAUCUGGAAGCGAAGGGAUCUAUGGGAGCCAAUCUCCAGUUACUGAAGUUAUCAGAAUUGAAAGGUAUCCCAACUUUUUUUCCAUCACACUGACCAAUGAAUGAAUGCUCAAAGCACUAAGACUUUAUUAUGGCAUAUUUUAACUCACACAAAGGAAGGUUUGGCUAAUGGUGAUAUCCAAAGGCAGAAGCACAGGGGCCCGUGCUACAAAAGAAAAAUAUAAUUAAGGCAGCCACAGGCAGCUCUGCAUCAGAGCCAUGACUAAUACCCAGAAAGCAUGCCAGCAGCUAAUUCCUGCAAACCCAGGCAUAGAAGGGAUAUGACCAUGAUGCUCAGGUUUUCUAGGGAGGGGAAGGGUCAAUCUCCCUUGGGUGUAUCUGAUUUUCCAUUUCUAAUAUAACAAGGAUGCUGCUGCAGAUUGAAUACUAUGGGGCAUUGGACAUUUACAUUUCCAGAAUGGAAGUUUCCAGAUAUAAAAGAUUCUGGAGGAAGGAAGGAAAGUUUCCCUGGAAGAGACAGUCUGUCUUAUGGAAAGGCUUCAAAGUCCAGGGAGGAUUAGCAAACUCCCCUCAUCAAUAAGCUGAUCCUACCUGGGGACAACUAUACUCAAUUGGGCAUGCACACUGUCAUUGCCAAUGGGGUGUAAUUAAAUUUUAAAAUUACAAUAAAAUAGGCAAGAGAGUGAGUUCCAUGCUAGCGUGGGACCCACUACUCAAACAUUGACUCUUGGGGAGAAUGGGGGGAAAAGAAAGAAUUAGAAUUCUCAGCCACCUGUAAGGAAAGGUUCUUUGGCACCCUUCUUAUCCACUCUUUGUAUCCCUUUCCCAUGAAUCUGCACUAUCAAAGACAUGUUCAUAAAGGGAUCCCUGACUUAGUUUAUAAAAAAGCCUUCUUAAGGAGGGUUCCCUAUCCCUUCCACAUACUUGGACCUCAUCUUUGGUCAGUAAUAUCCUUCUGUAAUGGCUGAGAUUCUUGAGAGUUCUUAAUUUUAAAUUGAUUAGCUGACUACUCAAGCAAACCAAACAGUAGACUCCCUCCACAACCCAAGCGGAUACCAAAAAGAGUAAGGGGGACAAAAAAGUGGGGCCAAAGAGAGGGAGCACAAAGGCCAGUAUGUACCUUAGGACCCUCCCCUACACAUCCCAAGACAUCUCCGAUUGGUAAACAGUCAUUAGUCACUGAGGAGGCAGACUGAAUUCCUCCAACACCCAUUUCAUCACAGGAAGAGGUGGGUCUUGGGAGGACACCAAUACACCCCUUGCUCCUAGCCAAGCAGCUGGGUCACUCCAACAUGACUACCCAUCACACUCUUAAAUCAAGGAUCACCAUACUUCCCAACAUGGUGGACUAGAGCUUCUUGAUUGAAUCUUUGAAGUGGGUCAAGUGGCUGCUUGACCCUGCCCCUAAUCCAGUCAUCCCUCCUAAGAUCCAAACAAAAGGAGGAAGAUCCCAACCCAGCUCUAUAGUCUUGGAGGAGAAAUUGUAGCCUCAACUUAGAAUCAGAUUUUCAGGGAGACUAAAGGAACCUAUCACAAUCCAAUAUUAAUUUUCCUUACUUAAGCAGUCCUUGCACUUAAAAGUAACUUGUUACAUUUGCCUCUGAAGCUGAUGACAAACUGGAUUUUUGGACCUUGCUUCCUUUAAUCCCGCUUUGAUAUUGUAAAUCCAUCCAGUGUCUGUAGAGUAUUCAAAAAAAUACACUAGAGGAUCUUGUAGUCAACCAGGUUGGGGAGUGGAGCUGGGGAUGGUAAAGGGAAAAUUUUAAAUUUCUUGGAGACUCUUCCCCCCUGCCAUCAUCACCUCUCACCUUCUUGAGGCUAUUCACACUCUAAUUCUUCUCACUGCUCAAAAGCACCUGGGACCAAUUCAGGGCUUGGUAGCACCACUCGCAACCUUGAAACCACAAAUUCUUAAUAAAGUCUUGAUUGAUGAUUUAUCGGCAUGUCCAGAUAGCAACAAUAAUAUCAAGCACCAGUUUGGUCCUUUCCUUUUUAGCAGGUCUGCCAAAAAAAAAUGUUCAAUCUUAUAUAUGGCACCAAACAGGAACACUAUGCACAGAUAAAUCAUACAGCUGGUUAACUCUUUCCUUUUUUCCAUCAAUAUUAGUCCUACUAAAGUUGGCAGUGGUAGACAAGUUGUUCAAGCAAAGGAAAGAAAGAAAAACAGUAUUUAACAUCAUCACAGUAACUAAAGGCCUACACAGUACUUUCCACGCAUUUCUCUGACAAAUUAGCUACAGGGAUAUCGUCAGAUGUGAAAUAAACUGUGAUCCUUUCCAUUUUCAUUGUCUGCUUUGCCAAGGAAGUCGUCUUCCUCCUGUUUCAGGCUGGCCCUAACCUGCUCUGGACUUCAUUCUGCUUUUUAGUUUUUUCCAUUCUUGUUUAGCCUCACUUUGUUGUUCAGCUGCUCUUAUUGCUUCAAACACUUAAAGAAACAUUGAAAAAUUCAACACCCAUGAUCUUCCCCAUUCAAGCAUUCAGAUUUCUCUGCUUAGCAGAAUCAGUGGGUUUUUUUGAAGGGGGAAUCAGUCUUUGGUUUGCAAACUUUAUAAUUCCACUUGGAAUUCAUGAUUAUAUAGCAAUUACAGUUAAAGAUAUUCUUCCAAAGGUAACAGCUCAAUUCAACAAGCUUGGAGGAGGGAUGGGAAAGUAUUUGACCAUAAGACUUUAACAAUCUUAUCAAAUAAAACAUUUUGUUUUAGCUCUGAGACAGCACACAUGCCAUGGUCUUUGUUUUUUUCCACCAACAUGAAAGCCAUUUUUUAAUGGUACCCACUAAGUCCUGUCUCCCUCCCUCCAAAUGAAACCAAGCUCAAUAGAGACUAAUAAAUAAUGUCUGAGGAAUUUAACAGCCCCUAACUCCUUAAGAAAGAGAUGGAGAAGUAAAAUCACCAUAGAUUCUCCUGCCUUUUGAGUAGUUUUGUGUAAAUACCUGGAAUUUCCUGGGACUGAAAUCACCUUGGCGAGUAGAUUUGGCAAUCCACAGUUAUGUGGUGAGUUUAUUUGGUCACCACUGGACUCACAAGGAGGGAAUAUUUUAGUAAUACUUAAGGAAGGUCAAAGGAAUGAUCCAUGGAAUUGGGUAAUAAACUAGAGGACUUAUCCUCCCAAAUGCACACAUUUUGUCUCUUGGGGCCCCAGAAUUAAGGUCACAUUUUGAUUAUGGAAAAGCCUCUCUGCUAACAACUGCUGUUGAAAUUUAAAAGCAGAAUGAGCUCCUAGGGUAGGUAGUUGGGCUCCCCUCAGUGGAAGUCUUCAAGCAAAGGCUAGAUGUCUGCUUGUCGAGUAUGUUGUAGAAAGGAUUCUUUGGGGGCAUGGAUUGGGCCAGAUGGCCUGUGAAGACCCUUCUAACUCUGAAAUUCAUGUAAAUCAGAACUAGGUAUAAGCCAGUUUGAGAAGUAGAAGAAUAGAAGAGGAAAGCCAGAAUCCCCAUUCAACUUUGGUAGUCUUUGACAUGGUCCUUCCUGGAAGCUUCACCUUUCCUCCCUGGACUUCCCAGUGAGCUACUUAUCAUCUGAAAGAUAUCAGAUUAUUCCAAAAAGAGAGCCACUAGUCUGAUCCUUCUGACACAGUCUGUCCUGGUACACUGAAGGAAUCUGGGAGUUUAAAGGAUUCCCAAAAAGAAGUUGGUGCUUAAAGCACCAAACCUUCAUUUUAGUACCUUUUUUUUUAUGUAAGAGAAGGCUUGACUUAAAGAGAUAUUGUAUUAGUCCCUCUUUGCUUGCUACAUCCUGCAACACCUUUUUUCUAUCUAUUUGUAUAAAACCCAAUAACUUAUGAUCUUGGUUUCAUAAAUUUUUUCUCCCAUGAGAUGCUACAUCUGAAUACCUGGGUUUAGCUCCUGAUUUAAUAGCUAAAUGCAUGGCUUUAAUGUCUGUCACUUCUUCAUCUGUCCUUAAUCGGCAAUGUUUGCAGGAUAUGUUUUUCUUAUAUUUGUAAUAUGAUUUUCCCUGUGUGCUUUUGUUAUUUGCCUCAUACUUCUUUUUCAAAUAGCAGUCCUUCAUUAAGUGACCGACCUUAUGGCAUAAGAAACACUGUCUGGUUUCUCUUUGUCUCCUACUCUGUUGGUAUGAGGGUCUCUGGAGUAUGUCUUGAUUGUGUGUAAAUUCUUAAUUUCAUCUAUCUCUUUCAAUGUUUUCUGUGUCUUGCAAUUUCUGUUUCAAUUCUGUCAUUUGUUUCUGUUGGUCAUUAUGACUGUCAAAUAAGUAGGAUGCAGCUUCUCAAAGUUCAGGCAGAGUAACUGUGUCAUAUUUGGGAAAAUAGUUCUUUAAAAAAUUUCUUAGGUGUAAUGUGCAACCCCUAAGGAAUUGUCUCCUUACAUGAGCCACAGACUCUUCUGAAUUUUUUUCUAAGACCAUAAUGGAAUCUGCUGUUUCGAACAGGCUAUCUAUAAAGCUUGCAGGAUGCUCAGUCUUCUCUUGCACCAGUUUGCCAAAUUUUCCCCAUGCAUUGGGUUUAGAGCAAAAUGUUUUUAUAGCUUGGAGCAGAUCCUCUCUAUACUUUCUAAGAUAAGUCAUGCAGGCAGGAUUUGAAAAAUCAAAAUCCUCCCUCUGUUCCUCAGUAGGCCAGUUUGUAAGAGUGCUGACAAUUCUAGUUUUCUCAAUGAACUGCCUGUGUUCAUGGGGGCUAAACAAUUCAGAAAGAAGAAAUUCUGUAUCAAAACUUGGCUCAAAUAUUUUAAACACCCUUUUCAGCUCCUUAUGGGCCCUUUGGGCUUCAGAGACAAACUUUAGAAACCUUAGGCCAGAUGGAAUCAAGUUCUUGUGUUGUAGAUUGUUUAUAUACUUUAGAAUGAAGCACUCUUGCAUUAUCUGAAAUCUUAGCAAUAUCUUUUAAUGGAAAUAUUUUCUCAGCUUCCUUGUUAUCAGUGCCCAUGUCUUUGCCAUUGUCAUGUGUUCCUAUCUUAUUUUUUUCCUUAGCUUUCUUGUUCUUGUCUUUAAGUCCAUUAUCUGCCUGCUUAUUUCCCAUCUUAGCCUGAUCUAAUCCCUGCUUCUUCAAAAACUCCUCACACAUAGCUUUUACUAACUGUUCUAGGUUUGUAUCAACCACCAUAAUCUGGGCUGUCUUUUUUGGUGUCGAAAAUUUGAAAAUAUUUCUCAGGUGAAAGUAUGUAUGGCAGCCAUGGUGAACACGUAUAUCUGUGUAAGGAGUUGCCAUAUCACAGAGUCAUUGUUAAAAGACAUACUCAUAAUGAAGGAAGUGGAAUUGGAUAUAAGUCCAAUAGUUUCCAUCACAAAGUUGGUCACAGCACUAUACAUAAUAUUAUAGACCCAAUAACAGGCGAUGACAGCAAGCACCAUCAUACCACAUGCUACUUGCAGAAACAUCCUUCUUAUUUAGCUUUCACUUUGUUUGGGAUAGGGUAAGACCUUUUCGGGGUGCCAAAUUGUAUUAGGUGGUUGUUUGUUUAGAUGGAUUAUUGUAAUGUAAGAUUUCUGGGCAAGCUUACAGACCAAUGAGAUAAGGUGGAAUCAGACUCUUGACUCCCUCUUCCCUCUCCCUACCACUUCAGUUAGUCUCUUCAGUUGGAUUCAAACUGGGAUUCAGACUGAGUAAGCUGCCUGAAUAUCUGAUAGAUAACUCACUCUCUUAAAGUUAUUGGAACAAGGAUUUAUUUUAAGGAAGGGGAAGGAAAGGGAAAUUGGAUAGGAGAGAGGGGUUAAGACUUUCCCUGAUCUUAAGCAAAUCUAAAAUUGAGUAAUAAAGUUAUAGAGUCUUGGAUGAGGGAUGUGGCUAACAGUUUUAGGACCUUUUGAGUCAAUUCUUGAUAAUGUAGAGAGAAAGUCAGUAACCAACAAGGAAAGGAUCUUCUCAGUUCUUCCUCUUUCAAGUGCCAGAAGAAAGAGAGAUUUUUUUCCAACAGUUUGGGUGUUUCUUUUAACUGCCUUCUCCUGGUCACAUUCUCCUCUGGAAUGCUCCUUGAUGGACAGCUCUUCAGACUUCCAUCCAUUGCCUCUGUUUGCAGGUUUUUCUUCAAUAUUACUCUCAUAAUACCCAAGGACAAAAACACAGGGGUAGGGGCAACAAGGGCAGCAUGUAAAACCUCCAAACAAGGCAGGAAAAGGAUACUAGGAAACUCCAAAUGGGGGCAGCUUGAUGAUGCCAGGGGGAGGGCUAUGGAUUUUAUAGGGAAGGGCAACAUCUCCCUCUAGUAGGUGUGAUUGAUUUCCCAUCUCUGAUAUAAUAGGCAGAGAGCCAGUACAUAUUGUCAAGGAACACAUGGUUCCAGAGUGGAAUUUUCUAGGAAUAGAGUACAGAAAAGGGUAAUGUUUCUAGUAAACAGGCAGUAGGAGGGUGGGGGAAGUGCCUAGAGAAGUGGUCCUUUGCCACAAGGCGGGACAGACCCUCUCCCCAAAAGAGAUUUGGGGUAGUACUAUUGUCCCUAAAGGGUCUCUCCCCAAAAAUUGACAACUCAGGCAGUCUCCAUAGCCGGGGAACAAGCUUUAUUAUUAAGGGAGGAAGCUUGGUGAAGUAGCCCCGAGGGGUUUUCAAGAAUGCUUUUUAUCUUGCUUGGUUGUCAAGGAAGGAGUUGAUUGUUUGGGUGGCUUCAGCCUCCAGACUGGACUUUAUCAGUGAUUCACAAUGCAAAUGGUAUGCUAACAAUAUGUUAAACAUCCUGGGGUGACUCUAGGUCACUUCUUGGUUAGUUCUGUGCAGGCUCCAAGGAGGGACUGUGCCCAUGCUGAUGGUUCUUUACAGAAUUUGCCUCUCCAGGGUUGCCCACAUCCUCAUAGCAACCCACAUCUGUUUUCCUGGAGCUGCCAAAGCAGAAAUGCUGGAGAGCUUCACACAUCAAGGAAACUGCUGAUUCCAUCCUGAAUAAGUCCUCUGAAAGCCCUACUGAGGCCCUACCCUAUACACAUAAGUCUCUCUUGUAUCUAUUUCUGCUGAAAAACCUAAUGAGUCUUCUUCUGGGUCAGCAGAAUGAAUUUCUCUUGCAACAGUACAUUGUACUGAUGGCUCUUUCUUAAGAAUAGGAUCUAUAAAGUGGAAAAGGCUCAGAGGAUUUAUUCUUGACAUUUUCCUACUAAAUAUCAACAUGCUUCUUAAGAGGGCUUGGGGGAAUAUAGCGUGGUUGAACAGGAAAGCAGAUACAGAAAUACAGCGAAGGGAUGUGUAAUUGGCAACACAGCAUGUAGGAAUUUCCUUCAUUUGAUCUCUUCCUCCAUCACAACAGAUAUAAACGGAAAGAGGUUUCAGUGGGUUGCGGAAAGGUCCUUUGGGAUCUUAAUUAUUUGAGUGUCAUGGAAAAGUGGAAAAGGGCAUGUUGGGAGGGCACUGGGAUAGCAACAUCAUUAAAUAACCCUUAGAAGGGCACCUGGACCAAACUGAAAAUGCCUCAGGGAGUCUACUUCCCUUCUAUCCCUGCCAGCUCCCCUAUUUAUAUUGGCUGCUGGGGCAUCAGACCCCAGCCACUGAGCUUGGUAAUAGGCAUUGUCCUUUGAUGCUUUCAUUGAAAAGGGACUAACCAAAAGAGGGAAGAUGAGGUCUUGAAACCGCACCACAUAAGAUUCAAUUAAAAAAAGAGAUUUAAGCAGACUUAAAAAAAGAAACUAUCUGAGCUUUCCUUAUGGAAAAAGACUAGAUUUAUUUUGCUCAUUCCCAGGGAACAGUGGGUUGAAGUUGCAAGGAAGCAAAUUUAGGUUAAAAAUAAACUCUAACAACUGAGGCUUGAUCAAACAUUUUCAGGCAUCUUGGGCAGACAGGAGGGAGAUUGGUACUACUGGAGAUCUUCAAGGAUAAUUACUUGUCAGGGAAACUGGAGAGGUGGAGUUGAAGUGGCUUCUAAUCCCUUCUAAUGCUAAAUUCUAAAAGGUCUGGAAAAGACCUGUUACUGGAAGGCCAUACCCCAGCUAUUAAAUGUCUGGGGAAGCCAUCUUGAAGGAGAGUAAAUAAGCACUGCCCAGAUGCAGAGAGAAUAUCAAGCAGAAUGAGAGACAUCUCCAAGGGGUGUUUGCCCCAGAGCUUCUAGACCAAUGGAGAGUGACUAAUGGUCAAGAAUAACAAUAGUCUAGCACUAGGGAGAAAAGGCAAUAACAUGGAAUUAGGGAGAGAGGGAUCUGCUUUGAAGUGGGUACUUUCUCUAACUCUUAUAUAUGUGAACCCCUGGGGCUAGAAGAAUCAUACCAAAGAAUGCUUCAGAAAGAGAGGCAUUUUGGCCUAGUGCUACAACUGAGCUGUAAACACACCGCCAAGACAAGAGAUUCCAAAGUUUUCCAAUGGAUGAUAUUGGAAAAGUUUGUUCCUUUGUAAAAAGAGUAAGUGCCAUCAACUCAGGAGAGCUUCAGAAAGAAAACAGGCUGGAAAAAGAACUGCAGGGAAAAGAUUAGCAAAAAGGACCUUCCAGAAACCACCACCACCUUCUGGGAACUGAGUAGAGUUAUACUAAGUUGAACUCCAAGGAACAUCUCCCAAAGCAGACAGGGAUGCUCUGACCAAGCAAGCUGAGCCAGAUAAGAACUGUGAGACUAUGUAGGUUUCUGGGGGAAGGGUUACUCAUUGGUGAGUAUUGGUAUUUUCUAUGGGCUCUCACGAGGACUAUAGGUUUCUGUUAACCCUUUUAAGUUGGUUACUAUUUGGAGCCUUAUGCACCUGUGUACUUGUGAGGGAAGUCAGCAACUCUACUUCAGAAAGGAAUCAGAUAGUGAAGUUCCCCGAUCAUCUGGGUAAGGAGCUCUUGAGAAGUCCCCCAAAGUUUUUUCUCAGGCCUUUUAGGCUAGGAAGAGAGCCUCUGACACAUUAUUUACACCCAUUUUAAAGAAAAAAAUUGGGAACUAUUUGCCUGAAAUGGUGAAGGCUAUAGAAAAGACCCAAUAACAAUCUCUCCAUAUUAAGGAUUUUUUUAAGCAGAACAGGACCAACUCUCCUUCAACUUUGCAGAACAGAAAAAUGUUUAAACUGCAUGAUCUUUAGUUUAGAUAUAAGGAUUUUCAAAUAGUGAGAACUACUGAACACUAAAAUGGGUUACUGAAGUUAAAGAAUCUCUCUUUUUGGAAGUCUUUUAAAAAGAUAACCUUAUUCUCUCUCUCAAGACAGCUUAAUACAGCCCUUCUUGGAGUUAGGAAACAGGCUAGAUGAUUUAAUAUCGCUUUUAGGUUUAGGGUUCUCGCUUUAAUCAAAUAGAAUUUCCCUGUGUAAAAGUUCACCUUGGGUUCAUUUAAGUGUUCUGGAAUAAAAUAAUAACAUAUUAAGCCUUUGAA